AUGGUCGCUGUCCCCCAUUGCCUGGUAUCUAUGGACAACCUCCCUACCUCCCUCGAGUCGCUUCAGAGGAGAGUCACCGAGCUCACAACGACAUACCAUGCCCGAGGCUGGACAACCGAAGCCACAAACCUAGAGACAGCCAUCGAAACAGCCAGCAAACGUACCCUAGCCGACACCCCUGACCCAUCAACAAUACUCGACGCGCUCAGCGCCUGCGUCAGAAAAUGGCUAACAGCCAAAUCAUGGAUCGUGGCUGAAGACCUCGGUCUGCUGGUAUUGGCAGCAUGCGAAAGCUUAAAAGGGGAACGAGACCCCAUGACAAUGACAGCCAUGAACAAUCUUGCAUCCGCGCAUUGGGGUCGCGGCCAACUAGACCAGGCAGUGGUGCUGAAUACACGCGUCUUGAAUCUGAGGCGGAAACACCUUGGCGAGACGCAUGCCCAGACCCUGGUUUCCAUGGCGAAUCUUGCUUCCACGUAUCGCGGCCUGGGGCGCUGGGAGGAAGCGCUGAAGCUGGAUGCUCGUAUUGUCGAGCUGAAGAUUGUUGCUCAUGGUCCUUGGCAUGAUUCUACCAUCACUUCCAUGUCCAAUCUUGCUAUCUCGUAUACCCAUCUUGGUCGGUAUGAGGAGGCGGCUGCGAUUGCGCGUCAGCUGGUCGAUCAUGGGGAGAAGAAUGGGUUGCCCAAGACGCAUCCGUCGCUUUUGAACUGGAAACUCAGUCUUGCGUCGACAUAUCGGGAUCAGGGACAGUUGGAUCCCGCCGAGAAGCUGGAGCGGGAACUGGUUGCCGUUAGUCUGGACAAGUUUGGGAAUUUUGAUCCCUUCACAUUGACCUGCAUGGCCAAUCUGGCUUCCACAUACCGGGAACAAGGGCGCUUGGCGGAUGCAGAGCGUCUGGAGAAAGAAGUUGUUACCAACAGCGAGAAAAUUCUGGGUGAAACUCACCCGCAGACUCUGAUGUCGAUCAGCAAUCUUGCCUCGACAUACCGCAGCCAGGGUCGACUUGAAGAGGCCACGAAACUGGGAGAAAAGGCCAUAGAAGUAUUGAAGGAGGUUCAGGGUGAAAGUCAUCCGAAUACGCUGGUCGCAAUGGUGAAUCUCGCCAUGACCUAUCAAUUGAAUCACCAAACACCCGACGCCGAGGAGUUGGCGGACCGCUCUGUGCGCUUGAUGAAAGAGACAAUAGGCGAAGACCACCCCUUCACACUGAGUGCGAUGGCCAAUCUAGGCUACAUAUACCAAUCCCAAAGUAAAUGGGACGUUGCCGGUGGAAUGGCAGAGACGGUGUAUGCACGUCGAGAGAAGACGAUCGGGAAAGAUCAUCCUGAUACCCUGGCUGCAUUGGAGGAUCUGAAGAGGGUAGCAUGGGUAGAGGCAGCGGAUCAGAAUGCACAGAGUACGUUGAAUUAG